UUAACGGUUACUUCAAUGGCGUCUCCCAUGGGAAUUUCUCUCUCCUCCUCCGUCGUCUUCUUCCUCUGGGCUUCGCUAAUCUCACCGUCUGUCUCACUUACCUGUACGUCACAGACAUUCUCCGGCAACGCCUUGUACCCUCACUGCCUCGACCUCCCUUAUCUCAAAGCCUAUCUCCACUUCUCAUACGACGCCGGAAACUCAACCCUCGCCGUCGUCUUCUCUGCUCCGCCGUCGAAACCCGGCGGAUGGAUCGCAUGGGCCAUCAAUCCCACGGCGGAGGGAAUGUCCGGAGCGCAAUCCAUCGUCGCGUUCAAGGACCCAAAGUCCGCCGUCGCCGUCGUGAAGACCCUCAACAUCAGCUCUUACGCUGUGUUGGUUCCUGGGAAAUUGGCUUUUGACGUUUGGGACACCAAGGCGGAGGAAGACGGCGGUGGAGCGUUGAGGAUCUUCGCUAAGGUGAAGAUUCCGGCGGAUUUGGCGGCGAAGAGGAAGGUAAACCAGGUUUGGCAGGUGGGUCCCGGAGUGAGUCCGACAGGGUUUAUUCAGCAGCACGGUUUCGAUGCGUCGAAUCUGAAUGCGAUGGGGACGCUGGAUUUGUCAGGAGCCGACAACGGUGCUGUCGCCGGCGGCGGAGGAGGAGGCCAGGGUGAUUCCAGGGUUAGGAAUAGGAACAUUCAUGGAAUUCUGAACACGGUGAGCUGGGGAUUUCUGUUUCCAGUUGGGAUCAUAAUCGCUAGGUACAUGAGAACGUUUGAAUCUGCAGAUCCUGCCUGGUUUUACCUCCAUGUCCUUUGUCAGUUGUCCGCUUAUGUCAUUGGCGUUGCGGGUUGGGCUACCGGUCUCAAGCUCGGUAGCGAAUCCAAGGGAAUUCAGUAUACCAGCCAUCGCAACAACGGCAUAGCCCUCUUCGCCCUCGCCACCAUUCAGAUGUUUGCAUUGCUGCUGAGACCAAAGAAGGAUCACAAGUACAGAUUCUACUGGAACAUCUACCACCACGGGAUCGGAUAUUCGAUCUUGAUCCUCGGAAUCUUCAAUGUCUUCAAAGGUCUAGCCAUCUUGAACCCGCAAACCAGUUACAAGACUGCUUACAUUGUUGUGAUCUCCGGUUUGGGAGGCAUUGCAUUGCUCCUAGAAGCGUUUACAUGGGUCGUCGUCUUGAAGAGAAAAUCGAGCAAAUCCACCAAUCCUCUUGGGGCAUGAGGUUUUUGGGUUCAGAUCAAAACCUGGUAAUCGACUAACUUCCAGAAGAUUCAAUCUGUAAAAUGGGUAUGUCUGAUCCGAAAUCUCGAGUUUUUUCCGGAUUUUUUCAGAGAUCUUACCGAUCAGAGGAUCGAUAGCUCGGUCUCGGGUGAUUUGGAAGACUGAAGAAUGUUUGUUGCUGUGUCUAGUGAAGGCUUUCUUCUGGUCUUGGAUUUGUCUAAUUGUAUUCUUUGCCAUUGGAGCCGUCUUUGUAUAGAAAUACAUGUGUAACUAAAACCUAACUGUUCUUUUGUCUUUGGAGCUUUGGUUUUUUUGUUCCUUA